CACUGGACUAACCUCGCCGGGAUGUCGCUGUGCAGCCGCCUGACGCGGAGCCUGGGGGCGGGCCUGGGGGCGGCCCGCGGCCGGGGCAUGCUCGUCAUCCAGCACCGCAACGCCACCACCUCCAUGCUGAGGCUCACCGACGCGCGCACCGGGCCGCAGUGGGUGGACCGCCGGCGGCCCGUGCUCACCGACCGCACCCAGCUCAAGUUCGCCAAGCGGCUGGUCGUGAAGCUCGGCUCGGCCGUCAUCACGCGCGAGGACGAGAUCGGCCUGGCGCUGGGCCGCCUCGCGUCCAUCGUCGAGCAGGUGGCCGAGAGCCACAAGGAGGGCCGCGAGUGCAUCAUGGUGACCUCGGGCGCCGUGGCCUUCGGCAAGCAGAAGCUGACCCAGGAGCUGCUCAUGUCGCUCAGCAUGCGGGAGACGCUGUCCUCCACCAAGCCCGAGGAGCACCACCCGCCGCUCGACCCGCGCGCCGCCGCCGCCGUCGGCCAGUCCGGCCUCAUGUCGCUGUACGAGGCCAUGUUCGCUCAGUACGGCGUCAAGAUCGCGCAGGUGCUCGUCACCAAGCCCGACUUCUACAACGAGGACACGCGCCAGCACCUCUUCUCCACGCUCACCGAGCUCAUCUCCCUCAAUAUCGUGCCCAUCAUCAACACCAACGACGCCGUCAGCCCGCCGCCCCUGCAGGCCGAGGACCUCAAGCCGCAGGCCGGCAAGAAGGCCAUCAACCUCAAGGACAACGACUCGCUGGCCGCCAUGCUCGCCGCCGAGGUGCAGGCCGACCUGCUGAUCCUCAUGAGCGACGUGGACGGCAUCUACACCAAGCCGCCGGACCAGGAGGGCGCCCGCUUCCUGUCAACCUUCACCGCCGAGAUGGUGGAGUCGGUGCGCUUCGGACAAAAGUCGCGCGUCGGCACCGGCGGCAUGGACUCCAAGGUGCAAGCGGCCACCUGGGCGCUGGACCGCGGGGUGUGCGUGGUCAUCUGCAACGGCAUGCAGGAGGAGGCCAUCAAGACCAUCCUGACGGGCCGCAAGGUGGGGACCUUCUUCACCAGCGGCAGCGCGUCCAGCGCGUCCACCGACCUCCUCGCCGAGCAGGCGCGCGCCGGCUCUCGCGAGCUGCAGCGGCUGUCGCCCGGUGAGCGCGUGGCGUGCAUCCACCGCCUGGCCGACCUGCUGGUCUCGCGCCAGGACGACAUCAUGGCCGCCAACGCCAAGGACGUGCGCGUGGCCGCCGCCUCCGGGCUGGCCGGGCCCAUGCUCUCGCGGCUGUCGCUGUCGCCGGCCAAGCUGCGCGGCCUCGCCGCCGGCCUCAAGCAGAUCGCCGACUCCUCCCACGAGAACGUCGGCCGCGUGCUGCGCAGGACCAAGCUCGCCGAGGGCCUCGACCUCAAGCAGGUCACCGUGCCCAUCGGCGUGCUGCUCGUCAUCUUCGAGUCCAGGCCCGACUGCCUGCCCCAGGUGGCCGCCCUGGCCAUCAGCUCCGCCAACGGCCUCCUGCUCAAGGGCGGCAAGGAGGCGGCGCACUCCAACAAGCUGCUCGCCGAGCUGGUCAAGGAGGCCCUGUCGCCGGCCGGUGUGGACCACGCCAUCUCGCUCGUGUCCACCCGCGAGGAAAUCUCCGACCUGCUCUCCAUGGACCAGUACAUCGACCUGAUCAUCCCCCGCGGCUCCAGCGACCUGGUGCGCUCCAUCCAGCAGCAGAGCGGCGGCAUCCCCGUCAUGGGCCACGCCGAGGGCGUGUGCCACGUGUACGUCGACAAGGACGCGGACCUCUCCAAGGCACUGAGAAUAGUGCGCGACUCCAAGUGUGACUACCCGGCCGCCUGCAACGCCAUGGAGACCCUGCUGAUCCACGAGGACCUGAUGAACGGGCCCUUCUUCGAGGACGUGUGCAACAUGCUGAAGCGCGAGGGCGUCACCCUGUUCUCCGGGCCCGGCCUCGACCAGAGGCUCACGUUCGGACCGCCCGCCGCCAAGGACCUGCGCACCGAGUACUCGGACCUCGCGUGCGCCGUGGAGGUGGUCAAGAGCCUGGACGACGCCGUCAACCACAUCCACACGUUCGGCAGCGGCCACACCGACGUCAUCGUCACGGAAAACAGUACUGUCGCCGAGAAGUUCCAGCGCGACGUGGACAGCGCGUGCGUGUUCCACAACGCCAGCUCUCGAUUCGCCGACGGCUACCGGUUCGGUCUCGGUGCCGAGGUCGGCAUCAGCACGGGUCGCAUCCACGCGCGCGGCCCCGUCGGCGUGGAGGGUCUGCUCACCACCAAGUGGGUGCUCUCCGGGGACGGACACGCGGCCGCAGACUUCGCCGAGGGCGGCUCCAGGACUUUCGUGCACGAGCAGCUGCCCCUCGAGUGAGGAGUCCAGCACACCGCAUACCGUGCGCCCCCCCCCCCCCCUUCCGGACCUCGUCCACGGGCUUCCUCCCAAGCCCCCGCCCCUCCCCCCAGUGGUCGCCGCCGGCGUUACUUCGAGGAAAGAACUGUCGCGUCAUUUUGUGGCUGUGCAAACUAAUUGUAACUCGUCUACUGCCCUGUCCGGCUGGCAGGCCCCGGCUCCGCGGCGAGCAGGCCGAGGUGCGGCGCACCCUGGCCCCCUCUCUCGCAGGACUCGCCACCGCGCCCGCCACCUACGUCCUUGUACAUAUUGUCGUGAUCGUGAUCGUUGCACUCAUCUGCCUGUGAAUACGCGCCCAUCUAGGAUAAGACAGACACCUCAAUUGCUACACGGUCAAUUGUUGUUUUUACCUUUUUGUUUGUUUGUUUUUUUAACUACUUUUUUUGUCAAACACAUGUGAGGAAUGAAAGUGUCCAAAUAAAACAAUUGUGAUAUUUUCCAAA